AUGGCGCUCUGCCCACUUAGGCCCCCCCUGCAGCACCCCUUCUGCGCCGGCCCUCCCAGGGGAUCCUCCCCCAAUCCCACCCCGUCCAACCCUCGCGCGAGUAGCGUAGCGAGGGCUCUCUUCUGCCCUCUUCCGGCCCCGGCCUCCAUUUUCUGCGGCCACCUCAGAGCCCGCCGCCUGCGGCCUAGCGCCCGAGGACGCCUGUGUGCGGCCACACUGGUCGCCCUCCGCGGGGUCAUUCCGCGGUCUCCACCGCCAUCGCUGCCGACCGAGCCUCCAGCUGCCCUCACCGACCACCAUGGGGAUGAUCCGGGGCCCGCGACGCCGCCGCCUCGCCCACGCCGCUGCCCGAUCCGCAGCCCGCCUCUCAGCCCUCGUCGCGGCGCUCUGUUGGCCUUCUUGGCGGGAGAGCCCGACCCGCAAGCCCUGCUGCCUGCACCUCCAGCCCUGCUUCCUGAGCCUCCCAUGGAGGGGCCCCCGCCGCCCCCGCAGCCCCCGCAGCCCCCGCAGCCGCCGCCUCCCUCGCUGGUGCGCCAGAACUACCACCGGGAGUGCGAGGCCGCCCUCAACAAGCACAUCAACCUGGAGCUCCACGCCUCCUACGUGUACCUGUCCAUGGCCUUCUACUUCGACCGCCAGGAAGUGGCCUUGAAGCACUUCGCUACCUUCUUCUUGUGGCAGUGGAGGGAGGAAUGGGAUCGAGUGCAGACGCUGAUGCGGCUGCAGAACCAGCGAGGGGGUCGCAUCCGCCUGGGCGACAUCCGGAGGCCUGACCGCCGCUGGGAGAGCGGCCGCACGGCCAUGAAACACGCCUUGCAGAUGGAGAGGAUGGUAAACCAGAGCCUGCUCGGUCUAUUCCACCUGGCUACCAUCAAGAACGACGCCCACCUGUGUGAUUUCCUGGAGCAUCACCACCUGCGCCAGGAUGUGAGGUUCAUCAGAAACGUGGCAGCAAGUGUGGUCAACCUGCGCAGGCUGGGGGCUCCCGAAGAGAGCCUGGCGGAGUACCUCUUCGGCAAGCUCACCCUGGGCGACAGCGAGAACUGA